AUGAUGAACAACAGUGAGAUAGUGGGGACUGAAUUCAUUUUGCUUGGUCUCUCGAACCAUCCUGUGGCUCAGGCCAUCUUCUUCUGGAUUGUUCUGGCAGUCUAUCUCAUCAACUUGCUGGGGAAUGGCCUGAUGGUUAUACUGAUCAUUACUGACUCCAACCUCCAUACCCCCAUGUACUUUUUCCUCAGCAACCUCUCCUUCCUAGACAUUUGCUACACCAGUAGCAGCCUCCCACAGGUCUUGGUUACUUUCACCACAGAAAGAACUACCAUUUCCUUCAUGGCCUGCAUGGCCCAAAUACACAUCAGCCUGUAUCUAGGCACCACAGAGUGUGUUCUCCUGGCUGUCAUGGCAUAUGACCGCUUUGUGGCCAUAUGCAGCCCACUGCACUACACAGUGAUCAUGAAUUGGAGAGUUUGUGUCCAAAUGGCUAUUGGAACAUGGGGUACUGGCUUUAUCCUGACUCUCAUCCCUACAGUCAUAGGCCCUAAACGGUUCUGUGGCUCUAAUGUCAUCAACCACUUCACUUGUGAGGCCCAAACAGUUAGCAAGCUGAUCUGUGGAGACACUCACUUUAGUGAUAUUGUCUCUUUCAUCAGCAGUGUACUGGUCCUUAUUGUACCAUUCACGUUUAUCAUGGUGACGUAUUUGCGAAUUGGUCUGGCAGUCUGGCAAAUCCGUUCUGACCAGGGAUGGAGCAAGGCGCUCUCUACCUGUUGCUCUCACCUAAUUGUUGUUGGCAUCUUCUACGGUUCAGCCAUGGCCAUGUACUUGCAACCAAAAUCCAAAUACACCUCUGAAGGGGACAAGUUGGUCUCUCUUCUCUAUGGAGCUGUGACUCCCAUGCUCAACCCUCUGAUAUAUAGUCUGAGGAACAAGGAUGUGAAACGAGCCCUACAUAAACUUUUUGGUGGAAAAGGAUCUGGAUAUUAA